AUGGAAGAGACACACGCUGACCGCCAGCGACAGGAUGAGGAGGUCAAGGCGCGCAUCAGUGAGCGACUGGUGCAGAGCGGCGAGAAGGAGCGACUGAAGGAGCUGCUGCGACUCAAACUGGUCGAGUGCGGCUGGCGCGAUGAGAUGAAGCUGCACUGCAAAGAGGUGAUCCGGAAUAAGGGCAUCGACCAAGUGACGGUGGAAGAUCUGAUCGAGGAAAUUACACCCAAAGGAAGAGCAUCGGUGCCUGAAGACGUUAAGAGCGAUCUGCUGGAGAAGAUUAAAGCGUUUAUUGAGAAGGAAGCUGACAUUAAGACGACCUAG